AUGGCAGCGCUGUGCGCUUCAUCGUCAGCAGCUGAGCUACCGCCGCCACAAAAGAAGUCAACUCGGCCACGAAAGACUAAGGCUUAUGUACCAGAGCCACGCUCCGGUGCGCAUGGCAUACUCGUUGCUAUGUAUUUGAAGGCACAUGAAGACCAUGAUAAAGACGCACAGCUAGGCAAAUCGGAGCUUAUUGCUCGUGCCCAACCGUAUUGCGAUAAUGAUUACUCGGUGCCUGGUUGCGGAACAAGUUCUGCUACACCAGCAUCUUUACUGCGCCGGGGAAUGCCCUCAGGCUCACAGUCACUGGCUGCGCCGCGCAAAUCAUUCGCAACAGCAUGGAGCAGUAUGAAAGUUCUUAUCAACAAAGGCUACGUAUAUCGCUCGGGGAAUCCUGCCCUCUAUUCUCUAAGUGAGCAAGGCCUGGAAAUCGCCUCAAUCCUGGCAACGGCGGAGGGAUUUUCCCCGACAAUACAGUCGCGUGCGUCGCCGCCACGAGCAAGCAGCGAGCACGUAGCAGCACCUUUAUCGUCAUCGCCAUCAACCUCAUCGGCGCAGUUACCCUCGUCGCCUACACCGUCGCCUUUGCAUCCAGCUGCGGUGAUGCCUCUACAUUCGCCCUCUCGCACAACCAAUGUUGCACCACUACCGUUGCAUCAUGCAGCGCCCGUGCUGACUGCCUCAAGGCUCGACAGCUCGCCCUCGCCUGAAGUGAUACAAUGCGAUCCUCAGCCAUCCACACAACGUUCGUCUCGCGUCACGACGUGUGUGCCUCAGUUGUACUUACCACCGCGGACGAAUCUAUCGCAGGCUAGUAUACCCGGUGCUGCUCGCGAGCCAUCCCCUGGCGACACGAUCAAUCUGGUCGAUUCGUCCGACAAUACUAGUUUCGACGCGGGCUCUGAUGGCAUUCAAAUCAUCGACACGCCGCCAAGAUCGCAGCGCCUUAAUAUCUCUCUCAUCGAAUCUUCGCCGAUCGUCAUUAGCUCGAGUCCUCAUGCUAUAUCACAAGCGCAUGAUGCUGUUGUUGGAUGCUACAUCCUACCGCCCGAAUCGUAUACGAUUCACAUGGUCGUGGAUCACCGCGAAGUUCGCUCUCGGACUUCGACAUUCAUGGAUGCAGGGCAGCAACGUAUCACAUUUGAAGGAGCACUGACACAGCGAGGUGUGCCCUGUGAGCUACGGGCGUUGGAGCUCGGCGAUAUUCUUUGGGUUGCGCGGCCAAAAAGGGACUUGCCGCCGGACAAGAAGAAAGCAUGGACGUACGUCCAGGAAGUUGUUCUCGAUACAGUUGUGGAGCGCAAGCGGCUUGAUGACCUCGCAUCCAGCAUCUUUGAUGGGCGCUGGCACGACCAGAAGCAGCGUCUUCGACAUGCAGGCAUAGGGCAGGUUAUCUACCUGAUCGAAGACAUUCACGUGCCGCACCUGAUGCAACGACAUGGUGCCCAAAUUCAGACAGCCUUGAGCAGUACACAGGUCAUUGACGGGUUCUUUGUGCACCGCACAGCCAAUAAUCAAGGCACUGUGGAUUUCUUGGUCACAUUGCAUGAGGCUGUCAUGGACAUGUACAAAGACACGCCUCUUUACGUUCUGCGAGAGGAGACGAUCGCUCGUGAGCAUUAUGACCAGCAGCAGCGCACCAUGCGUGCAGAGUACCCAGGCAUUCGUUUCCACACGUCGUUCCACACAUACCAGCAGCUGCAUGCCAAGACCAGUACGGCGAGCACCAUCGAGGCCACGUGGAUCCGCAUGCUGUUGUGUGUUCGAGGUGUUUCUGCUGACAAGGCACAGGAGAUUGUGCGGCAUUUUCCGACGCCGCAACACUUGCUUCGUGCCUACAGCCGCUGUCCGUCGCAGCUCGAUGCACAACGCUUGCUUAGCACGACGAUUGACGCAACGACGCGUCUCACUCGUCGGCGUAUUGGCCGUGUCCUAAGCGAGCGCAUCUGGCACAUUUUGGAUGCUCCUACGUACUAA